AUGGCCACACGCCCGCCCGAGACCGGCACGCCCGAGGAGCCCGUUGUCACCAAGUACACCGCGCCAACGCUGGCCAGCAUCACCGAGUCGCUGUCCCUGCUCGGGCUCAGCCCCGAGACGCUCGCGAUGAGCUUCGGCGAGACGCUAGCCGACCGCUACCUGGCCGCGUUGCGCCCCAAGCCGACGCCGGCGCCCGUGGAGCGGCCGUCGCUCGGCGGCUGCGGUGCCCCCCGCCACACGCCACUCGCCGACCCCUCGCAACUCCAACUCUUCUCCAGCGACUUCAUCGACUACUUAAACCAGAUCGCGUAACUCCUCCGUGUCUGUUGAACUCUUUCGUGUUACGAUGUGAUCCUCAUAGACUCUUCAUAACGCGUCUAGUGUCAGACGCUAGGAAUAAUUUCUGUUAAAUUAAGUUGGUAUUAUUGGAAAUAAUUUAUAUUAUACGUCGGUUUAGAUCGUACUAUUGAUUUUAUCUUAAUUUUAUUGUGUACUUUGUUGAUUAAAUGUCGAUUUUUAACAAAAGCAAUUAGCAGCGGCACCAGAAAUUGCAUUUUUUGGUUUACUUUUGAUUUAAAUUAAAAACUUAUCGGUUUUCUUUCCUUUUAAAGGAGCUAAAAGUGAGUGUUUAAAUUAUUGAUUACCUUCUGCGACAGUGAUACCCACCCUAUCUGAUAGGGCGAUCGAGUGGUGUGUUAUUUAGUUCAAUUUAGUUUAUUAGUUAUGUUUUAUUUUAGCAAAAUUUUAAACCUAACUUAAGUGUUAUACAAUAAUUAUUUUUGUAGGUUUAUC